CACACACACACACACACACACACACACACACACACACACACACUCACACAGAGAGGAUAAACAGAGGGAGACCAUAGGAACGCGGCAGCGGGCGUGCGUGUGCAGGAUAAUGGAGGGGCUCGGGAAAAGCGCUGGGAAGUGACCGAGCAGAGAGAGAGGGAGAGGGGGCAAAAACAAACCCGCGGACACACGGAGACACAGACAGAGAGAGAGAGAGAGAGAGAGGGGAAGAAGAGGAAGAAGAAGGGCGGACUGAUAGAGAGCUCGGAAGGAAGGAAGGAAGGACGGAGGAGAGAGAGAGAGAGAAGUGGAGAAGGGGUUCACCUGGAACACGCGCGGAUCUGAGGAGUGAUCCCCGGGCUGGAUGGGACCCACCAUGCCACCCAGCAAGAAGGCCCAGAGCCCCAGCAGUGGAGCCAGUGCCUCGCAGGGCAUGAGCCCGCUGUACCGGCAGGGGGACGCUGCCGCGGCGGCCUCCGAGGCCGAAGCCGCCGACCUCUCCCUCUCCGUGUCUGCUUCCUUCUCCAAGGCCGAGGACGAGGAGCUCACCAGCCUCUCCUGGCUCCACGAGAGCACCGACCUCCUCAACAGCUUCAGCCACUCCGGGCUGCGUAGCGUCUCCCCGCUGCAGGACCCCGACGGUCAGCACCCCCGCUCGCCUUCUUCCUCGUCUCCCUCCCCGGACGACCCCAUGCUCGGCGACGCGCACUCGGCGUACGACCUGGCGGCCGGGGCCAACAGGAAACCCCCGUACUCCUUCAGCUGCCUGAUCUUCAUGGCCAUCGAGGACGCGCCGAACAAGCGGCUGCCGGUGAAGGAUAUCUACGGCUGGAUUCUGGAGCACUUCCCGUACUUUGCAAACGCCCCCACAGGCUGGAAGAACUCGGUGCGUCACAACCUGUCACUAAACAAGUGCUUCAAAAAGGUGGAUAAAGAUCGCAGCCAGAGCAUAGGCAAAGGUUCCCUGUGGUCGAUAGAUCCGGAGUACCGGCACAACCUGAUCCAGGCGCUGAAGAAGACGCCGUAUCACACUUACUCGCCGGGCCUGGCCACCUCCUCCGGAUCCCCGCCCAGCCUUCCACAGACAUUUCACCACAGUCCUCCAUUGUGGUCGGGGAGUCCCCUAAUAAGAAAGAACGGAGGAGUUCUCCUACAAGUUCCUCGUGGCGUGAUUCAAAACGGGGCCCGAGUCAGGAGUCAGGCCCUCUUCCCCGUUAUCAGACCCCUGCCUGUCAGCCCGGUGGGGAGCAGAACCUCGGCCAUAAGGUCGUCUCUGGGAGAGUAUCUAAGCGGAGGGCGGCUGAGCCCGUCCUCCCCCCGCUACUCCCCCCCGCCCUGCGAGGACCUGCAGGACCUGCAGGACAUGCAGGACAUGCAGGACAUGCAGGACGACCACACCUACAGCACCGCCAAGUCCCCCAGCAGGCCGUGCUCCUCCCCGCACGACGACGACGACAUCAUCGCCGUGGAGAUCCAGUCGGACGUCAAGCCGGAGCCCCGGGAGAUCCCGCUGGACUCUCACGCCGCCGCCGUCGCCGCCGCCGCCAACGCCAACAACAGCAACGGCUGCAUUUCCCAGCAGCCCCCGCGCGGACAGAGACGCAGCUCGGCGCCGGGGGGCGGGACCCCGGCGGGCAGCAGUCUGCCCUGGACCAAAAGCCGAGCGCGGGGCAUCAGCGACACGCUGCCCCUGAAGAAGCGGCGCGCGGUGGAGAAGCCGCCGGAGAGCGACGACGAGGAGAUGAAGGAGGCGGCGGGGUCGCUGCUCCACCUGGCGGGGGUCCGAGCCUGCCUGAACAACAUCACAAACCGCACGGCUAAGGGCCAGAAGGAGCAGAAGGAGGCCCUGAGAAACUAACACACACUAACACACACGCACACACACACACAACUAGGUCGACAGGUAACUUCAGCAUUAGUCUCAGCAGACGCUCGUCAUCUCCCUCUACCUUUCUGCAGGGCAUUAGGUGAAUCCUACUUAUUUGUGGCAAUAUCAAAAAUCUAUGUUUUCCUACAUGUUCAGCGACACUAACAUCGGUGGGUAUCUCUCAUGUGUCUAUGUUUGUUUUCGUUGUUUUAAAAAGGGGAUGAAAGCCAUAAAGAAAAAAAAAACAAAAGAAGAAGAAGAAGAAGAAAAAAGCACGUUUUUUUUGUCACCGAUUUUUCAAAAAAACAGAAAAGAAAAGAACAACAAAAAAAAAAACGGAGUCACGCCGGAGGAUGGCUGUUUGUCUUUACCUGUUCGUUUCCACGGUAACCUGUAGCAAAUCUCACAGCGACGCCAGCAGAGAUGGCACGAGCAUCCCUCCCCCCCGACGACCCCCACGAGCACAAACGUGAGACUGUGCCAAAGAUAAGCGACCAGGUUGCUUCAUGUAGCCGAUGCGACAGCUGACGAGGAUUUUAAAAGAAUAAAAAAAGAAGAUAAAUCAAUAAACAAACAAACAAAGGCAUAGUAGUAAAGAGAGAGAGCGAGAGAGAGAGAGAGAGAGAGAGAGAGAGAGAGAGAGAGUGACCUUAAGUGUCAAAGUAAAUGUAAAACCCAAUGUGAUAUAUAUAUAUUCAUGCACUUAAGAUUAUUUUAUGCCACUUAUACUAAAAGCAUCAUGGGUAAAGACAUGGUUUAUUUCAAGAGCACUCAUAGUAUUUAAGAAUAAAUAUAUAAAAAUUUAAAAAAGAAAAAAAAGCUCAUGUUUAUCACCAUAGCGAUGGAUAGUGUGCCGGGUCUGAGGCAAUAUCUCCUUCAUUUUGUUGUUGUUGUUGCAUAAUGUAAACGUCCUUAAAACUUCCUGGGCCCUCGUGUCCCCAGACACGACGGCCGCCAGUAGCCGCCCCCCCCCCUUCCCCCACCCCAUCAUUAGACGCUGUCGAAGAACUCUCACAACACGAAGCGUGGGUUUGGAUCUCUGUCCUGUGUCUGUUGUAACCCCUCACUCUACCCUCAUAAAGAUAUAAGCAAUUCGUCCCGCGCGGACAAAACUCUGUAAAAAGUUUAGAAAAUACUUUAUUUUUUUCCUUUUUUCUUAAUUGAAGCAAUUUGACCUGCAGGACUUUCUCAGUUAUAUUGCAUGGGUGCUUGUAAAUAAGAUGAAAAAGCAAAUCUUUUUUAUUCAAAGAUCAUGUAAGAUAAACGAUGUAUUUAGCAUGAAGCAUGACUUAUUUUCAUAUAAACCUUGAUCCUAGAGGAAAGAAAGGAAAAAAAAAAUUCCCACCCGUUCUUAUACCCGUGGUUAUUAUGGAUUUUUUUUUUUUUUUUUGAAUUUCUUUGGAUCAUUUGGCUUUUAUUUUGAUGAUUUCUCACUCCUGAGCGGGCUUUCAAAGACACGUCUUCAGGGAGGAUCGUGGGUGACCACUCUGCAGCUAGAGGCCCCUCAGAGGCCCCGGCUUCAGCCAGCAGAACCGCCCCCCCCGACCCACGGGGGGGUGCACUUCCGUCUUCUUCUGCCUGUACAGUGAUUUACUUUUGAGUUUUUACCUGUUUUUGGUUUGUUUUUAAGGUGUUCAGUGUCAACCCCGGUCUGUGGAGUGUGUGAGUGUGUGUGUGUGGCCAGGAUCACACACACACACCCUUUAACAUUGUGCCUGCCUCCCUGUCCGCCCUCAGUACCUCCGCUGUCACCGCAGUGUUACCCGUCUCUAUUUAUGACAGUUUGGUUUUUCUCUUCUUUUGUGCUUUUCUUUUUCUUUUCUUUUCCUCCGAGUGUGUAAAGUUACAUGUGUCUUUAACUUCCCGUCUGACAUUGUUCGGUGUAAAUGUGUGACUCAGAUGGGCGUGGAAAAACCUUCCAGGUGUCCUGAGAUGACCCGCAUAUCUCAGAAAGAGAAUUUAAAUGAAAAAAAUUGACCUUUGGGAGGAAGAAAAAUGUCUGUUUUCUAACUCACAUUCAGUAUUUUUAACAUUAAAAAGCAACAGUUACAGAGGUCACGUCUAAGUUUAACCUCUACAAGGUGUAUGAGCAUCUCACUUCAGGUCAUUGAUUGAACCCACGAGGGCCGCCCGCCGCGAGCGGUAGAUUUUUUUUAUUUAUUUAUUAUUUUUCAUGAGGGAUGAUUUAGGUACGACACUGCCACGUUGGUGCACGAUAGUGUUUAUCCCCCCCCCACCGAGGUUUUGCUGAAGCUGGAUCGACCCUGACUGACUGGCGGCGAGCAAAAGCUGGGCGUGCUUCCUCCUCUGGUACCGACUCCUGCCACCUGUAGCACGCAGCGCUGGCUUUGCAUCCUGUCCGGUUGCCAUGACGACGAUUUACAAAAGAGAAAAAAAAAAGGCUAAACAGUUCUCGUCCUGUGCCAUCCAUCUACUGUCUCAUGGGUGCCCCCCCCCCCCACCCCCCGUGACCCGGGUCCAUCACCUCUGCUUUAUUUCCACUGCUGUACGCGCUCAUCUGGCACGUGGGUGGAGGGGGGGGGGGGGCGUGCGUUGCUCUAGCAACCGCCUCUUUUAUCCUCUGACUCACUCGUUGACUCGCAGGGCGGAUGAACUCGUGACCCGAGCCCCGGUAGAACAGCGGCACCUCAAAUAUAUAAUAAUAUACCUGGAGAAUAGCAAAGAAAAAGUCAUGUCACUGCCUGAGAAGCCCCGCCCCACCCUCAAGUUUCUUUCAAACCUGCCAAUCAAUGCGUUGCCAUGGUUUUUGUUUUUUGUCUCUUUUGCUCAUCUCUCCGACAAAAUGACGUAAAAUACUGCCAGUAUGUCCAGCGAGAGCGUUCGGAAAGCCAUAGGUUAGAGAUGUCAACACGCCAAGCUGUUAUCGAUCUGUGAGACGUGAUGCCGAGUACACCCACAUAUGUUUUUUCUUUCUUUUUGUUGUUUUUUUUUUGUUAAUUAAUGUUGUUUUCUAGUUAUUGUGCAAUCAUAUUGCCAAAGAAUGAUUUCAAGACCUAUUUCAUCACUACAUGUAAAUAUCAACGUUGUCCCAAUACCGUGGCAAAAAAAAACAGACAAACAAACAAAAAAAAAGUAUAUAAAUGUUGUUUUAUUUUGUUUUUCCAUUUUCUGAAAAACUACAAUGAUGUUUAUGUGAUGUAUUGUCUUCCAGUUGGUUGCAAUAAUAAAAAAAAAA